GCCGCGCCCUUCUUCGCCUCGCCCUCCUCCAAAAGGACCUUCCUGCAGGCUUACUUCAGGAACUUCAACCUCUCCUUUUGUGAUACUUACACGAUCUGGGACCUGCUGCGGGAGAUGGCCGGCCCCGACGGCCUGGACUGCAGCCUGGACAACCUGAUGGUGGACCUGGUGGUGGCGGCGGCCGGGGCGCUGGACGGGGAGGCCUGUAGCAGCUGUGUCCAGGCGUACCAGCGGCUGGACCAACACGCUCAGGAAAAAUACGAGGAGUUCGACCUCUUGCUGGAGAAGUACUUGCAAUCGGAAGAGUACUCGGUCAGAUCCUGCCUGACGGACUGCAAGGCAGUCUACAAGGCGUGGCUGUGCUCCGAGUACUUCAACGUGACCCAGCAGCAGUGCCGGCAGCGGAUCCCAUGCAAGCAAUACUGCCUGGAGGUGCAGACCAGGUGCCCCUUCGUGUUACCGGACAAUGAUGAGCUGAUCUAUGGAGGUUUGCCUGGCUUCAUCUGUACGGGGCUGCUGGAGAACCAGCUGCCCGACGAGGAGGCCAAGUGCUGCGAGGUGCAAUGGGACUCCUGCGAGCACCCCUCAGACAGCAACGAGGACACAUCCCCCAAAUCCACGGCGUCAGAGUCGCUCCAUUUCCACCGCCACGACCCCCAUCUCCAUCACCAGAGGCAGAACCACUACCACCUCUACCACCACCACCACCACCACCAGUACCACCAGCCUCGCUCCCCGUCCUUGCUGCCGGUCUCCGCGGGGUCUCGCCUCGGCAGCAGCAGGAUCAGACUGUGCGUGCUGGUCCUGAUGCUCCUCCACACCAUGGUGUCCUUCUCGAGCGUGCACGGCGGCGCCGGGGGGCUCGGCCUGGAGGCCCCGCCCGCCCUGGAGGAGAGCAUGGCCCGGGACGAGUGACACAGAGGGCAGAGCCGACCUCCAAGGAGAACGCCAGAUCUUUUCCCAUAAGGGGGGCACACGCUAUUCCUCCAAUGGGAGGCACGGGGUUGGGGGUGGCACUCACGCACCCCCGCACAUCCCCCAAGAGCUGCUCGCGCGGGGCAUCCCCGUGGUGAAGAGUCUCUAACGCGCACAGGGCUGCGGGACCCGGCGCCAGAAGGGUUCGGGCAGGGCCAGCAUUCCCGGCCCCGCAGGCGCCGGGAGGGCAGGAACGGCACGGAGGCGGGGGGACCGAGGGGAGGGGUCCCUGGGAAUCGAAGGGUGUCCCCAUGGGACUGCCGGGUGUCCCCCGGCCGCUGCCGCGAGUGCCUUGAGUGCCCGCGCCUCCCCCGCCCGCGCUGUGCCGAGGUUGGACGGUCAGCCCAGCCCUGGUUCCUUUUCUCCUGGGUGUGAAUGCCGAGGGAGCAGGCGGAGGGGCAGCACCUCCCGGCACAGCCUGGCCCACUCCUGUCCCAGGGAAAAGCCGCCGGGGCUCGGGGCAAAGCCGCCCUGGUGAGCCGCCCUGUCCUCAGCGCGGCGCUGCCUCGCUGGUGGCGUUUGGGGACAGGAGUGGGACGCUGUGACACUGCACUGUGGUACCACUCGGGGUUGGUCUCACUGCAUGCCAGCCUGCUCCUCCAGCCUGGCCUUUCCUGCUGCUCUAUGCGAGGAGGAGGAGAGGGAGGAGGCCUGGAGCAGGAGGGAUGUCCCCAGCAUUCCCACAUCCUACUUUGCAAAGUGUCCUGAUGAUUUGGUGUAACCUUUUUUGUUGUCCUCCCCGGCUGGUGGGACUGGUCUCAGUGAGGAGUUGGGAGAUGUGACUCCAGCAGCACACAGGCUGUGAGGGAGAGGAUCCCACGUGGCAGCAGUUGGAUGCAGGGAAUCCCAAAGGCAUCCUUCCAUGCUUCCCAGCUACAAAUCAUUGACUGGAUGGCAGGAGGACUGGGCAAACGGGCUGGAGAAAUCUGGCUUGGAGGGAGAGUCUCCCACACAAAGAGGCACUAAUAAGGCCCAGCUAGGGAGGAGCAUUUUUGUGAAUAGUUUUCAAUCCAUGGAUGCCCCCAGAUCCGGAAAUUUCUGGGAGCCCAGCUGGACUUGGCUGGGCAAGGUGCUGGCUGGUGUAGCCUCAUUUGGCUUACUUGGGGUGGGUUUUUAACCUGAUCUCAGCUUAUCCAGGGAUUCAGCCCCAAACAAACAUCAGAUCCCUAGGAUCCGAUCCCCAGGUCAUUUCCUAGGAAACUCCCAAUUCUCCACCCAGCCACCAGAGCUGUUCCCAGCAUGGACACUGAGGUGGUGCCUCCAGGCCGGGCACCAGAGGCUGUAAUUUGUCCUGGGUGUGGGCAGGGAAGGAAGAGAGGGUGUUUUAGCACAAGGUCACGAGCUGGGUGUGAGCCCACUCCCUGCUCCCAGAGGGGCUGGGAUGGUCCCUCUGUUUCCAGGCUGGCUCUUGACAGGAACCUACAGCAGAGCCCUGCGUGGGUCACUGCAGGAGACAGGGAUGGAGCAAGAAGAAUGUCCUGCAUCCCAAAGUGAUCCCAGAUCCCUGUGAGGGUGCAAGAAGUCCAAGAGUUGACAAUCUGUAGGAGUUUUGUCGUUUCUGGUCUGUUGAGGUGAAGCAAAACCAAGCAGAGCCCCAUGAGCAGAGCCCCAUGAGCAAAGCUACUUCCUGCCUGGCUGGAAGAAGGAAGUACCAGGCAUCUCGUGGGAAGCACAGGUUUCCUGACAUUUCCAGCCCAUUUCCAGACCAAAGAGGCUCUGAGAAGCAGCUGAAUGUUUGAUUCCUGCUUUGACUUGAAUCUCAGAGCUUUGGGGUGAUGUUUACACUCUACCAGUUGCCUGUUCCCAAAGUCCUGCAGAGACAAGGCCUGUGCUCCCGUUGUCCCAUGGUUUUUGGGGUGGGAGAGGUGGUGCACAUGGAAGAUGGAGCGUGUUUCCCGAGCAGAUUCCCUUGCUGCUACCACCCAAAAAGUGGGGUGUCUCUCGUUUGACUAUUCCUCAUGACAUCCAUAUAGUUUACACCAAUCAGAACAGCUGGACAUGGAGCAGUUCUGCAAGCUGGGAUCCAAUCCCUUGGUUUUCUGUGAGCAGGGGGUUGUGGAGCUGCUCUGACAAGGAGCAAAAGCUCCCAGGCAGGCCAGGGGAGGGAGCACAGCCCUGUCCCUGCCUCCAGACAGCCGGAUCCCGAAGGAAAUUAGAUUUCUCCUGCACUGCCAAGAGUUAAGCUAAUUGCAGGCGCCUCUCUCGGAGAUAGACUGUGUCCAAUCUUGGAGCGACUCAUCGGGAGGGAGAAGAAUAGCCCAGUGUGGUGCGUCAGCAAGUGGCCCUGAGUCACUGGCCCUGUGCAUUGUGUCAUGUGUGACACUGAGCAGUGCUGGUGGGCACGGGGUGGCCUCGGUCCCUGCACACAUCCAGAUCCAGCACCUCCCUGAGGGAUGUGUGUCCUUCUCCCUGCCCUGAAGCCCUUGUGUCCUGCUGGUGAUGGAGCAUCAGGCCAGGCCUGGGGGUAGUGAUGGGUCAUAUGGGAUUCCCAGAGGAGCUGUGGAAGUGUCCAAGGCCAGGUUGGACAGGGCUUGGAGCAACCUGGUCCAGUAGGAAGUGUCCCUGCUCAUGGCAGAGGAUGAACAGAAUGGGCUUUAAGAUCCCUUCAACCCAAACCAUUCCAUGAUGCCAUUAUUUUCACAGAACUGCAGGAGUGAGAUCCAACAACCCAAGUCAUCUUGAGGGGAUGCUGGCAGGGAUUUGCUGGGAUAACCUGGGAGCUGUGAGAAACAGUUUCACCUUCCCUAACACCUGCUGGAGGCUUCCCUCCUCAGGAGUGCGUGUUGGGUCUCAGUGAAUUGGGAAGUGGAGCCAAUUCAGAAUUGGGCUGGUUUGGGUGGCUACUGGGGAGGUUUGAGCCCCAUCCACCAAGAGUGAGGAGGCCCCCAGGACAGGAGAUCCAUGUGUUUUCCAGGCCACAGCUCCCAAGGGGUGUUCCCAAGAGGACAAGAUGCCAGAGAGAGCACAGAGGAUGCGAAUCCUCUCUGGGAGCAUGGGAUGGACUUUACCUGCUGCAAGUAGGAGAAAAGUGCUGGGUAUUCCCAGAGCAAGGCUGUAGAAGAUCUUUUCUUUAGUGAGUCUGGGCUGCUGUCAAUAAGUUCUGUGGUUUUAGGGCACCAUAUGCUGCAUUCAACACUUUGCCAAUCUGUUUAAAUGGAUCCAGACGAGGCUGUUCCCAGAGCAGGAGCAGCUGGAAGUGGUGUAUGGAGCAGUCCAUCAUCAGGAGCCCAUUGGAUAAAAUUCCUGCUUUUGGUCUGACAUUACAACCUCCUAAUCCUCCAUCCCUGAGUACUCUGUCUUUGCUCUCUGAAAGAACAGCCCAGGAAGCAGACGGUGACAUUGUCUCACUUAACACCACUGCCAUUAUUUUUAUUACGAAGUGGAGGGAAUGGGCCUGCAAAAGGAAGGAGUGUGCUUGUAUAAAGAAGGAAUGUGCCUGGAUAAGGAGGGGAAGGGCUUCCUACCCUGUGUGUGCGUCCAGGGAUGCUUCACCCCAAGCCCUGUGUCCACCAUUGCCCUUUGCAAUCCCAAAUGCUUUCCACAUUCCCAAAGCCACCUUGGAAAACAUGAGCUCUAAAUGAUUUAUCCUACCAGGAACUUAAACCCAAGAGGCUUUGUCCUUUUCAUCCAAUGAUUUUAUCUCUUCUCCCUAAAGAAGAUGCCCCAUGUUGGGAUUUAUAAGUAAAACUCAACUUUUCCUUCAGUAGACAAACUUCUCUUUGCUCAGAGAAAAUUCCCAGUGGGAAGCAGUGAUUCCUCCCUGGUGAAGGGGUUUCUCAUCCCCAGGGAAGUGAGGGAUGAUGAUGUCUCCACAAACUCCAGGUGUGGGCAGAGAGAAGGAGCAAAAGGAGUCGGGUCCAGCAUUAUUCCCGGGUUUUGCACUUUCAUGUAGCUGCCAGUUGUACAAAUUAAUUAAAAAUAACUGAAGAAAAAUCCCAAAGAAAGGCCCCGCUUCCUCUGGGGAACAUUAAUCAUUAGCUGAGUCUUUUUCUUAUGAAAAUACAGAUCCAUGGUAGCCCCAGGCAGAAGAUUCCCAGGGAGAGCCCUCACCAUUCGUGCUCAGAGUUAGGGAAAUCGCUUUGAAAGCAUCUGACAACUAAAGCAGAACAUGUUGAGUAACUUGGCAACACUGGGAAAACAUCUGGAACUGGUUUAUCUUCAACACAUUUUGCUUUGCUUCAAGAGGAGAUGUCAGGGUAGUUCAUUCACUGCCACUCAGGGCCGCGGGCGGGGCCGGGAGACGCUCGGCUGCCGCCUGGAGGAAGGGGAUAAAGGGAAAAUCCCAAAAUCCCAGAUAUCUGCUGCUCCUGGGCAGGACACUGGGAGGCCAGGCCAUGGAGUGUCCCUGUGCUGAGCUCUGCAGGUGCCUCCUGGUCUCUGAUGGCACCAAGCGUGGUGGUUUGGGAUGGUUUGUUGAGGUUGCCUGGAAACGCUGUGGAUGCCCCAUCCCUGGGGAUGUCCAAGGCCAGAUUGGAUGGGACUUGGAGCAGCCUGGGAUAGUGGAAGGUGUCCCUUCAUGGCAUGGGGUGGAACCUGCAUGAUCUUGAAAAUCUCUUCCAACCCAAACCCCUCUGGGAUUCCAUGAUUUUCACAGAGCCAAAGGGGGUGAAGUCCCAUAAUCCAGGUUACCCUCAGCUUGUGAUUCAUCCUAAUCCCAUUCCUGCUGCUGUCUGGGAAAGGAAUGCCCCUAGGGCUUGGUGGAGACAAUGUCAGGACAGAAACACUCCUGGAUUCUGCCAGAAAGUGAUGGGGCAGUGUACUAGUUUGAAAGCAAACCAGCAGGAGAUUCCAAGUCGCAACUACAAUUUAAUAGGAAAAUAAAGUAAAGGCAGUAGUACAGAAGCACUGUCUUAGACUGAGUGUUCCAGUCUUCAGAUUCUAUCCAGGUAGGAAUGUUUGGUUCCUCCCCUCAAGGUGGGGGAGCUCACAAUGAGAUGAUGUGAUUCUCUGAGUCAUUCUUUGAGACCCUUCAUCAACAUGUGUCACUUGUUCCUCCUCCGCUUCUUCUGGGCAUCUCCCACAGUGGUGCUGGAUGUUGUGGUGGUUGUGGAACCAGCGCUUCUUGCUGUACCCUUUUUAGUGCCAGUCACAAAUUCAAUCUUUGUACUGUCUUUCUUGGCCUUCUUCAAUUUGUCCAUCUCAGUCUUCUGGGCUUUAGCUAGUGCCUCACAAUAUGAAUCCUCUGACCUGCUAUGAGGAUCAAACUUGUCCUUUGGGCAAUUUGUACCAAUUUCAUCAAUGGAACAAAACUGGAUCAGCUUUUCAUAGACGCUGGGGUUGUGAAAUUCCUUUUUGUUCUGGAUGAUGUAGUUCUAUCCAUGCCCUCUUUCAUUUUCCUCUCGUACAGCUUUUUAAUUUUAUCCUGCAAUUAGCUAGAACAUCUGCCAAGAGGCUCAGGAGGGAUUUUGAUCUUAUCUGAAGACAUGUUCCACACUCUCUGAAAAAGAAGCAACUAGUUCCUGAGGAUCUCUUUCCUCCAUUUCUUGGAAUUCCUUUGGGUCACCAGCCUCAGGUUUUUCAAUCUGUAAAUCACCAUCUUCUGGCAUCCAGGUGGGUGAAUUCCCCUUCUCCAUGCCCAGCUGACGCCAGGCCUCCCUUCUCCCCAUGGGCUUUCCCCCAUCACUCCCCUCUGUGCCGGCCUCUCCAUCCCACUGCGGGUCCGAGUCCUCACCAUGAGCCUCAGCAAGGAGAGAGCGCUGUGCUUCACUGCCACCAUCCCCCAGGGGUGCCCCACUCUGGGCACCAGAAAUGUUCCAGCUUGAGAGCGAACCAGCAGGAGAUUCCAAGUCACAACUACAAUUUAAUAGGAAAAUAAAGGCAGUAGUACAGAAGCAAUGGCUUAGACUGACAGAGUCAGAGUACGACCUGACAGCCUGUUGGUCAGGGUGGUGGGAGCAGUCUGAUUAAAUGGGGGCUGUUGGAGUGAUGGAAGUGGUUCUGUCAAAGCAGUGAUGCUGUAGAAAGAUCUGGUCCUUCUCUGGAGGUCCCGUGGUGGUUAUGGAGCUCCUGUCCCCUGGGAAUGCAGUGGUAGUGCUCCUGUGGUGUUCCAGUCUUCAGAUUCUAUCCAGGUAGGAAUGUUUGGUUCCUCCCCCUGGGUGGAGCAUCUCACAGUGGAAUGAUGUGAUUCUGUGAGUGGAACCCUGAUGACCCAUUGGUGGAGAUGGCUCCCCACAGAGCGGCUGGCGCUUCCCUGGAGGGAGUUAUCGGGGAGAAGAUAAAGAACCCUGCCCCACCUAUCUUUUGGUUACAUCUUACAUUGUAACCCAGGACAGGCAGGGAAUUCUAUGAAUCAGCUUUUCCUGCUUCCCUGGGGUUUCCUGCCUCUUUGAGUUGAAUCUCUCUUAAAUAAGGCUGGAAAAGUUGGGGAGGGCCAUGUCAGGUGUCCAGGUUGGAUGUUAAGGAUCUCCUUCAGCCCGAAAGUUGGCUCAUGGGCAUCCCAGCUGGAGGUACCACCAUCACACCAGCCCAAAAUCAUCCCUUCUGCCACAGGAGGAGCCUGCUCGGAGCUCCUGCAUCACAGCAGCCCUGGAGCUGCACAGCUCCCGCCAUGAGUCCAUUUUAUCCCAGGAAUUGAAGGACUUUAGCAGCUCUUUUUGGGUGUUCUUGGUCCGGGUGGCUCUUUGGGUGACCUCCCAGCCCUGCAUGUCUCUGUGAGGAAGGAGGAAGGGAGCAAAGUGGUGGGGGAUGGACCAUUUUUAAUUGAGGAUCAUAAAAAAAUAAGGAAUAAUAAAUUUUAAAAGUUGUUGGGGUUUUAUCAAAGCUCUCAGCCCCUCUCAAAGGCCUGGGCAGGAGAUGGGUGAGUUCCUGAGCCCAGCCCCUCCAGCCUUUUUAGCACUUCAGGAUGAUCUUUCUUCAGCCCAGAAGGUCGACAACUCUGCUUGUUGUGAACUGAAACUCAACAAGAAAACCCCAAGAAUUAGGUUUGGCUUAUGAAAUUUGGGGUUGGUUUUACCAUUUUUAAAUGUAUUUGGGAACUGGACAUGCCUAAGUUGCAAAACAAAAAGACAAAAAGAGCCAGACAGUGAUUUUUUUUAAUUUUGAAACUUGUCAAAACAAGCCAGAUUGAUCAUUAUGACCAAUUUUUUUCCUUUUUUUUUCUUUUUUUGCAAAUUGAGAAAUGCAUCCAGAACAGUCCUUUCCCACAAAACCUUUCAUUUUCCAAAAAGAAAACGAGGCAAAAAAAAGAAAAAAAUCAAUCACACUUUUUCUGCUCCCAGAGUUGGAACGGGCAGCAGCGGAUUGGGAGAGAAUAGCAAUUUGUAAGGAAUUCCAACCAGCUAUCCUUAAAAUAGCAUCCAGCCAGUUUCUCCAGGGCAGGAGGCUGGGUGGCUCCAUGGUGGGAAUGGGCUGGAGCAAAUCCUGGCUGAGCAGGCCGGGAUAACACCUUGGGAAUGCAGGGACACCUUCCCCGUGGGGAUCAGGGAUGCUGAUGCCGGGCCGGAAUUCCUGGGGAUCCCCAGCCAUCCCUCUGAGGGAGGUUUGGUUUGGUUUUCUGUUCCAACCCAAACUGAAUCCAGCUCUCCGAGCCUCCCCUUGGGACACAGCCUCAGGAUGCCUUCAAAAGGGAGACGCUCCCAUCUGAGCCCGGGGGUGGAAAUUGGGAACAAAUUCCAUGUGCUGUUCCUUGAGGGAUGUGGGAAGGGAGAGCAGGAGGAGAGCCCAGCCCCUCGUGCCCUUCUCCCUCUGGAGCGUGUCUGAGUUGGGGCUCCCUGCCUUGCGUGGGUGUCCCAGGGCCUUGGGGGCACCUCUGGGGACCUUGGGGGCACCUCUGGGGGCCUUGGGGGCACGUGUGGGCCCCGACCCCUGCGGUGCCCAGGCUGCUGCUGCCCGAACCCUUCUCAAGUGCUUGUGCCAUGUGGGUGGUGACAGAGCUCGGCCCGACCCCAACGAGGUCCUUUAACAGUGCGUGGUGGUGAAACACAAACCAACAUUGCUGAAGUCAAAGUAUCCUUUCUAAUCCCCCGGCCCGGUUUCUCUUUCUUUCCAGCUUUUCCUCCUCCGCCUCCUGGACCCUCCCUCUGUUCCCACCCCCCUUCUGUUUCUCUUUCUCCCUUCUGUCAUAAGAAAGUGACUGUGUCCUCGAGGGGACAGUUUUCUUAUGCCAUUUUAUACACUGUGCUUCAUGUUUAGAACUUUUUUGCACUAGUUCCUAUUACAUUUAUUUUCCAAACUGGUUUGACAAAAAACAAACAAAAAAACCCAACAAAAACACAAUCCCAUGCUAUAAUUCAGUUGUAUUAAAAUAUUAUCCUACUACUCUCUGUGUUCAAUAGUCUCUGUACCUGUAAUGCUUUCAGUUCUGUUGUAUUUUGGGGCCGAGGUUUUCUCUGCUCCUUGUUUAACCCAGUAAAGAAAUAAAAUGUUAAGAAUUGAUGAUAA